AUGGCUACAAGCAUUCGACAGAAUCUGUGCCUAAUUCUGGGCCAAGAUGGCAAGCAGACAAAUGAAUACCUUACUAAUGGAUCCACACGUCCAGGCUCAGCUCUGGGCUACUGGAAACAAAAACCAGAGGAAGCACCCGAAGCGCACCUCACGCAGAGUCUUGAAAGGGAAGAGGGUGAUAUGGGUCCAACGGCCAAAGCGGUAAUGCCGACACCCCAACAUGCCACUCCACAGCAGCUUCAUAGGACAGCACUCUGGUUGGCGCCGCAUCUACAUGCGCAGGUCGCGCCGUUGGAGAGGGUUCCCACUCAGAGUUGUCGGCUGCGUGCACCGAAUGGACCCAGAAGCCAUGUGAAGGUCUGUAUCGGAGCCCGAGCAGAAUAA